CGCCCCCGCCUCCCCCCUCGGCGCCUGUGGCCCGGCCGCGGCCGUGCCCUCCUGGUCCCCUCACCCUCACACACACAGGCCGGGCAUUGAUGGUAAUGUAUGCGAGGAAACAGCAGAGACUCAGUGAUGGCUGUCACGACCGCAGGGGGGACUCGCAGCCCUACCAGGCUCUUAAGUACUCAUCCAAGAGUCACCCCAGUGGUGGUGAUCACCGUCAUGACAAGAUGCGCGACACCACAGAUCCCUCACCACCAAACAAAAUGCUGCGGCGCUCGGACAGCCCUGAAAACAAAUACGGUGACAGCACAGGGCACAGUAAAGCAAAAAGUGUGCAUACUCACAGAGUUAGAGAGAGGGAUGGUGGGACCAGUUACUCUCCACAAGAAAAUUCACACAACCACAGUGCUCUUCAUAGUUCAAAUUCCCAUUCUUCUAAUCCCAGCAAUAAUCCAAGCAAAACUUCUGAUGCAGCUUAUGACUCUGCGGAUGACUGGUCUGAGCACAUCAGCUCUUCAGGCAAAAAGUACUACUACAACUGCCGGACAGAAGUUUCACAGUGGGAGAAACCAAAAGAGUGGCUGGAAAGAGAGCAGAGACAAAAAGAAGCAAGCAAAAUGUCAGUUAACAGUUUUCCAAAAGAUAGGGAUUACAGAAGAGAGGUGAUGCAGGCGACAGCUGCCAGUGGGUUUGCCAGUGGAAUGGAAGACAAGCAUUCCAGUGACACCAGCAGUAUGCUCCCACAGAAUAUUUUAUCUCAAACGAGCAGGCACAAUGACAGAGACUACAGACUGCCAAGAGCAGAGACUCACAGUAGUUCUACUCCAGUACAGCAUCCCAUCAAAACAGUGGUUCAUCCAACUGCUACCCCAAGCACUGUUCCUCCUAGUCCAUUUUCUCUACAAUCUGAUCACCAGCCAAAGAAAUCCUUUGAUGCUAAUGGAGCAUCUACUUUAUCAAAACUGUCUACAUCCGCAUCUUCCAUCCCUGCACAGAAAACAGAGAGAAAAGAGUCUGCAUCUGUGGACAAGUCUGUAUCCCAUUCUUGCACAACUCCUUCUACAUCUUCUGCUUCUGGACUGAAUCCAACUUCUGCGCCUGCUUCAUCUGCUCCUACAGUUCCUGUUUCACCUAUCCCACAAUCACCAAUUCCUCCAUUACUUCAGGACCCAAAUCUCCUUCGACAGCUGCUGCCUGCUCUGCAAGCCACCUUGCAGCUUAAUAAUUCUAGCGUAGAUAUAUCCAAAAUCAAUGAAGUUCUAACAGCAGCUGUGACACAAGCCUCUCUGCAGUCUAUACUCCAUAAAAUUCUUACUGCUGGACCAUCUGCUUUCAAUAUCACCUCCCUAAUUUCUCAAGCUGCACAACUGUCUACGCAAGCUCAGCCAUCCAAUCAGUCUCCAAUGUCUUUAACAUCUGAUGCCUCAUCACCAAGAUCAUACGUGUCUCCAAGGAUAAGCACGCCGCAGACUAACACUGUUCCACUGAAACCUUUGAUGACUACGCCACCAGUAUCAUCCCAGCAGAAGGUUGCUACUCCAGGUGUUAAACAAGGACCAGCUUCCCAGGCAGCACCUCAGCAGCCAGUAAUAGCUGACAAGCAGGCAGGUCAUGAACCUGCCUCUCCACGAAGUCUUCAGCGUUCGAGUAGUCAAAGAAGUCCAUCACCAGGUCCAAAUCAUACCUCUAGCAGUAGUGCAUCCAACUCAACACCUGCACCACAGAAUCCAUCUGUACGACCCACAUGUUCAUUAACACCUACGCUAGCAGCACACUUCAAUGAGAACCUUAUAAAGCAUGUUCAGGGCUGGCCUGCAGAUCACGCAGAAAAGCAGGCAUCAAGAUUACGUGAGGAAGCCCAUAACAUGGGAAGUGUGCAUAUGUCAGAAAUUUGUACUGAAUUAAAGAAUUUAAGGUCUUUAGUUCGAGUAUGUGAAAUUCAAGCAACUUUGCGUGAGCAAAGGAUACUAUUUUUGAGGCAACAAAUUAAAGAACUUGAAAAGCUAAAGAAUCAGAAUUCCUUCAUGGUGUGAAAAAUUGUAAACAAUUGCACAUGGUUUUGAGUACAGGAACUAUUAAACUGAUGCCCAGUCUUAACACUUUUGAGCUGCAUUUGAGUAGACUUUGGACCGUUGAGCUGGGCAGAAAAAAAAAGUUGACAUGGGGAAGGGGACAGGAGGGAGUCA